AAUCGAUAUAAUAAUGUUUUAAAAUAUGUAUAUAACAUCCAAAACUGAUUAAAAAAUGAACAUAUGAUAGUUUUAAGCAGAAUCCUAUCUUUAUCGUAAUUAAAUACUUCUAUCAUAGUUGAAGCGUUCAACAAUAUGAUAAUAUUCAUGUUAUGAUUUGUAAAAAUUCAUUGUAAAUAUAAAUGCAAAUUUUAUUCAUACUAAUGUAAUAAUCUAUGAUUUUUUUAUAAUCCUUUACAUAUUGCUGCUACAUGUGUAUUAGAUCAGAAGGAUUUAUUGGCGGGCAAAUUACAACCUGUAAAGGGUUGAACACACGCAGUGUUCGAAUCUGUAGUGCCUUACCGAAGAAUACUUGUUUUUUUCUUAUUUAUAUUUAUAAUAUGUUAUCAUAAAUUAUUUAGAAGGAUUAAAUAUUAAGUAAUAUGGCAAGUCUACAAAAUACAGGGAAGUUUCAACCCUUUAAAUCCAAUUUUAAGAAUGAUCAAAAUCAAGAGGGAAAUACAUUAGGAGAAACUUCAGGAGGAAGAUUAAAUCAAGUUAAUGAAAAUAUCAGAGUAGAUGGCUUGUAUGGAUUUCACAGGGUAACUGAUACGAAAGAAAGAAUAGGAUUCCUUGUGAAUAUGCAUGCAACAGAAAUUAUAGAAGAUGAUAAAAGAUUACAGAGUGGUAUAGACUAUUAUUUUUUAGAAGAAGACUGCAGUAGAUUUAAAAUUUCCUAUCCGUAUUGUCCAUACUUUUAUAUCUUGUGCAAGAAAGAUACAUAUGAGGAAGUUUCAACUGGUUUAAAUAAGAAAUAUGUUGAUCUUAUACAUAAAAUUGAGACAGUUUAUAAAGAAGAUCUUGAUCUGCCAAAUCAUCUAAUUGGUUUAAAACAGAAAUAUCUGAAACUUUAUUUUUUAAAUAUAGUGGACUUGAUCAGUGUAAAACGUGACAUUAUAAAAGCUGUGAAAGUGACCAAAGAUAGAGAAAAGAGUCAUACUUAUUACACAGAUAUGUUGUCCACUGUGUUAAAUCCAAAUCAGAAUGUUGUGGACUAUAAAAAGAAAAGCAUUGAUUUUAAAGAUAAUAUUCUUGAUAUUAGAGAAUAUGAUGUACCACAUCAUGUAAGGGUAUCUAUAGAUAUGAAGAUUUUUUGUGGUAGCUGGUAUUCUGUAAAAGCAAGAGACCGUGAUGUGCCAAUUAUUACAAAGAGAGAUGAUAUUAUUGAACCAAUUGAGCCAAUAGUAUUAGCAUAUGAUAUUGAAACUACAAAGCUCCCUUUGAAAUUUCCAGAUGCUAAUAUAGAUCAAAUCAUGAUGAUAUCAUACAUGAUUGAUGGACAAGGGUACUUGAUAACAAACAGGGAAAUAAUCUCGUCUGAUAUCAAAGAUUUUGAAUAUACACCAAAACCAGAAUUUGAAGGUUUCUUUAAAAUUUUCAAUGAACCUAAUGAGAAAGCUACGAUAAAACGAUUUUUCGAUCAUAUAAAUGAUGUCCGGCCGCAUAUAUUUGUAACAUAUAACGGUGAUUUUUUUGAUUGGCCGUUUGUAGAAACUAGAGCAGCUUUUCACAAUAUGGAUAUGAAAGACAGAAUCGGUUUUUCGAAAAAUCGUGAUGGAGUUUAUGUUACCAGACCAGCUAUGCAUAUGGACUGUUUAAAUUGGGUAAGACGCGAUUCUUACUUACCUGUAGGAUCUCAUGGCUUAAAGGCUGUUGCCAAAGCAAAACUUAGAUAUGAUCCAGUUGAACUUGAUCCUGAAGAUAUGUGUAAAUUAGCAUCUGAGGAGCCUGAGACUCUUGCAAAUUAUUCAGUAUCUGAUGCAGUUGCUACCUAUUAUCUGUAUCACAAAUAUGUUCAUCCUUUUAUUUUUGCAUUGUGCACUAUUAUUCCUAUGGAACCAGACGAAGUGCUUAGAAAGGGAUCUGGUACAUUAUGCGAAUCUCUUCUGAUGGUACAAGCCUACCAAGCUAACAUUAUAUUUCCUAAUAAGCAAGAAACAGAAUUUAAUAAGUUUACAAAAGAUGGCCAUUUAUUAGAUCAAGAAACAUAUGUAGGCGGACACGUUGAAGCUUUAGAAUCGGGCGUUUUUAGAGCGGAUAUUCCUUGCCGUUUCAAAAUAGUACCAAGUGCGAUAGAUGAAUUACUAAACGGCGUCGGAAAUGCUAUGAAACAUGCUAUAGAAGAGGAAGAAAAAGUGCCAAUGGAAAUGGUUACAAAUUUUAAUGAAGUAGUUGAGGAAAUUAAAGAGAAACUGAAGACCCUGAAAAAUCAACCUUUAAGACUAGAGAAUCCUGUGAUAUAUCAUUUAGAUGUCGGUGCCAUGUAUCCAAACAUUAUCUUAACUAAUCGACUUCAGCCAUCCGCGAUGGUCGAUGAAACUGUUUGCGCUGCGUGUGAUUACAAUAAACCAGGAGCACUUUGUCAAAAAAAUAUGGAAUGGAUGUGGAGGGGAGAAUACCUGGCGGCAAGCUUAAGUGAAUAUCAAAGAAUACAACAACAAUUAGAAAAUGAGAAGUUUCCACCGCAAUUUCCUGGUGGACCUCGACGCGCAUAUCACGAAUUAUCCAAAGAAGAGCGGGCAUUACAUGAAAAGAAAAGACUUUCAGAAUAUUGUAGGAAAGCUUACAAGAAAGUUAAAGUGACCAGAAUGGAAGAAAGAACUCAAACGGUUUGUCAAAAAGAGAAUUCAUUUUAUGUUGAUACCGUGAGAGCUUUUAGGGAUAGAAGAUACGAAUAUAAAGCACUUACUAAAGUUGCAAAACAACAAGUGACAGCAGCUUUGGCAAAGGGAGAUGCUGCUGAUAUUAAGUCUGCUAAAAGUCGAGAAAUAUUGUAUGAUUCUUUACAACUUGCUCACAAGUGUAUUCUAAAUUCUUUUUAUGGUUACGUCAUGAGAAAAGGAUCCCGAUGGUUCAGCAUGGAAAUGGGUGGUAUAGUCUGUUACACGGGAGCGCACAUUAUAAUGAAAGCAAGAGAAAUUAUAGAACAAGUCGGUCGUCCUUUGGAAUUAGAUACCGAUGGAAUUUGGUGCGUGUUGCCAGCUUCAUUUCCUGAUAAUGUAGUUAUCACUACUACUCAUAAAAAGAAGUCAAGAAUCGUAUUAUCUUACCCAAAUGCUAUUCUCAAUUUCAUGGUGAAGAACGAAUUUACUAAUGACGUAUAUCACGAACUUGUCGAUCCUGAAACUUUAACAUAUAAAAUUAGAAGGGAAAAUUCUAUAUUCUUCGAGGUAGACGGUCCUUAUUUAGCUAUGGUAUUGCCAGCUGCAAAAGAAGAAGGGAAAAGGUUAAAGAAACGAUACGCGGUUUUUAACUUUGACGGUUCUUUAGCAGAGUUAAAAGGUUUUGAAGUAAAACGAAGAGGUGAACUUCAACUGAUAAAAAUUUUUCAAACUUCUGUUUUUGAAUCAUUCUUAAAAGGUAGAACAUUAGAAGAAUGUUAUGCGUCCGUAGCUAAAGAUGCUGAUUACUGGCUCGAUUUUUUAUACAAUAAGUGUGUAGAUAUAUCAGACACGGAAUUAUUUGAACUUGUAUCUGAAAAUAAAUCAAUGUCACGUAAACUGGACGAAUAUGGAGCUCAAAAGUCCACGUCCAUUUCUACUGCUAAAAGAUUAGCUGAAUUUUUAGGUGAUCAAAUGGUGAAAGAUGCUGGAUUAGCAUGUAAAUACAUAAUCGCCAAUAAACCUCAAGGCGCCCCGGUCACGGAGCGGGCAAUACCAGUGGCUAUUUUUCAAUCAGAACCAGCAAUAAAAAAACACUAUUUGCGCAAAUGGUUAAAAGAUUCUAGUUUACAAAGUGAUGAUAUACGAGACAUUUUGGAUUGGAGUUACUACAUUGAAAGACUUGGAAAUGCUAUUCAAAAAAUCAUUACAAUUCCGGCUGCAAUGCAAGGACUUCCCAAUCCCGUUCCCAGAGUAAAGCACCCAGAUUGGUUGCAUAAAAGGGUAGUGGGAAAAAGUGCAACAUAUAAACAGAAGAAAAUUACAGAUUUAUUUACCACAAUUCCUAAAGAUAGAGAACAAGAGGAUAGUGAUACAAGCUUAGAUUCAUCUGGUACGCGGGAUAUCGAAGAUUUAGUUGAUGAUGGGCAACAUUUUAAGCGACAGAUACCGAUUGUCAAUCAAAGAAAACGAAAAUAUUCGGAAGAUGAAACAGAUAAUAAUAAACCUUGGAAAGAGGCUCUGGGUACCCCACCAUCGAUGGGAACAACAAAGGAAGAAAGACUAAAAUGGUUAGAGUUUCAUAAACAAAAGUGGGCUUAUCAAGCUAAACAGCGAGCUCAGCAUCAAGCGAACAAAAGAAAUAAAACAUCUACAAGUAGCGAAGACCAAAGUAGUUGGGGUGUUGCAAGAUCUAUCAAUACAGCUACCUUAGGUGGUUUUUUGCGACAUGCUCAAAAGAAAUUACUUACAUCACCAUGGCAAAUUAUUCAGAUCGCAGCGACAAACGAACCUGGUUUACAUCGGUUAUGGGUAUUGAUUGACAGAGACCUUCAUCAGUUACGUCUUCUAAUACCUCGCAUAUUUUAUGUGAAUACCCGUAAACCAAAACCUGAUCCAGAACCUGGUAAAAAAGUAUCAUGGAAGAAAAGUUCUAAAAUUCUUCCACGAUCGCGGCCUGUGUACAAUUUAUACCGAUAUUCUGUCUCAGAAUCACUCUAUCAAAUGUACAGUCAAGAACUGUUGGAAGAUUUAAGCAAGCCAGAAAUUGAAGGAAUCUAUGAAACUCAAAUGUCGUUAGAAUUCAGAGCUAUACUUCAAUUAGGAUGUAUUUGCACGGUUGAUUCUAAGGUAGCACGAAAAAUGGUUGAUGGUUCAGACACGUUUAACUUGGAUCAAUUAGAAUUCAAAAGCAUUGCUGUACAACAGUAUCUUCCGAAUAUUCAUGAAAUUAAUUAUAUCUUUCUGUACCAUCAUUGGAGCUCAAAUCAUCAAAGAGCACUGUGGGGACUCUUUCUGAAUGCAAGUAAAACUGCUCAUAUAUUUAUUUUAGAUUCGGUUUCAUCAAAUCAGAUGCCUAAUAUGAAUACCUUAUACACUCAAGAACGAAGCACGGCUAUAUCAAUGGAAGGGGAGGAUAAAAUAAAAGCUUUACCACAAUCAAUGCAAUUCACUAUAAAAUCCGAAACAAAUUUUCAACGAAUUUCUCGUGUUCUACAAGCAGCUUUAACUGCGUAUAAAAACGAAGGACAUGGCGCAACGGUGUUGGUUAUUCAAACUGCCCUAGAUAAAACAGCAUUAAUAACUCAAAUGCCAUUACUGAACGACUUCCCCUUAAUUAACACACAUGUGCAAGAUAUUGAUAACUUAUACAACACACUAGAAUGGCAAAAAGUUGGUGCAAAAAUAAUGAUACGACAUUAUUUUAAAAGUCAACAAAUUCUUGAUUUGAUGGCAGAACAAUGUAGAUUUUUUCAUGCUCCUAUUGGAAAUAUUCCUUCAGAUCCUACCAUUUUUGGGGCUGAUUUGUUUUAUGCUAGACACUUGCAAAAGAGUAACUUUGUGCUAUGGUGUUCCCCUACGGAGAAACCAGAUUUAGGAGGAAGUGAAAAUGAUGAUAAUAGAUUAUUGACGGAUUUUGAGGAAAGUUCACAUUGUGCCGCAAACAACCCUGGCACUUAUUCUAGUGACUGUAUCGAAUUAGAAGUAGAAAACUUAGCGGUGAAUACUUUAUUGCAAUACCAUCAUAUUCAUGAUAUUGACGGAACUAGUUCUUUUGUCGGAUUUCAUAAUCAACAGCUAACGACGGUUCAAGAUAUGGCAACUGGUGAGCCUGUAACAAAUGUAAUUCCUAGCUAUGAUGAAACUGCACUUUGUAAUCCUGCAUUUAGAGCUUUAAAAACUAUGGUCAACACGUGGUUACUGGACGUCUCAACUUAUAAGAAUGUAUUCGCAGAUUACCAGAUUAUCCACUUUUAUAGAUGGCUACGUUCACCCAAUGCUUUGUUAUAUGAUCCUGCUUUGAGAAGGAUUUUGCAUAGUUAUAUGAAAAAGUUAUUUAUACAAUUACUAGCAGAGUUUAAGACUCUGGGUUCCAUAAUUAUUUUUGCGAAUUUUAACAAAAUCAUUGUAUGCACCAAAAAGAGAUCAGUGAACGAUGCAUUGGGCUACAUCGAAUUUGUUGUUCAAACGAUACGCAACAAAGAAAUUUUUCAUAGUAUUGAAAUUACUUUUGAACAAUGUUGGCAGUAUUUAAUAUGGCUUGAUGUCCAUAAUUAUGGUGGUGUGAGAGGGAAAUUACCAAAAAAUAUGGAGGAUAACGUUGAGGGAGCAAUUAACGAACAGGAGGAAGAAGAAAAUGAUGAAAAUUCACCUGAAAUAAUAAUGCAAUGGAAUUUAAUGGAAUGUCUUCCCAAAGAAGCUUCCUGUGAAUCAACUUUCAGUGCCAUAAUAGCGGGAUAUAUAAAUGCAAUUUAUCAAUAUAUAUUCGAAAACGAACAAAUGAAUACUUCUAUAAAACCGAAUAGAAGAUCGAAUAGUCAGAAUCAAAGUUUAUCAGGACAGUUAGGAUUAGGAUCACUCGAAAAUACUGCAAAUUUUGCCAAAAAACUUAUAUCAGGAGAUUUAUCUCAACAACUUUUCCAAAUUGUACAGAGGAUACAUCAAAAGAUUCCGGAAAAAGUAUUAACUAUCGAAGAAUAUCCAAACCUAGAUCUAGAUGGUAAAGAAAGUAAGAAGAUUAAUCCAGCUUUGGAAUUAAUUAAAUCAAUCUGUAAGGUUUUAUCUUUGGACAAAGAAAUCGAAAACGAGGUAUAUACCUUGAAAAAAAAUUUAUUACGACUGAUCAGAGUCGGCAGUUUCAGUGACGAAGUUGAAUGGAAAGAUCCAUGUAUUUCUUUAGUUUUACCUGAACUCAUUUGUAAAGCAUGCAAUCAUACGAGAGAUAUUGAUCUUUGUAAAGAUAAUCUUUGUAUCAUGGAAAAUGAUAGAUACACGUGGAAUUGUUCCCUUUGCAAAACGAACUAUGAUAAUGAAGAAAUAGAAUUUCUCCUAGUAGAUAUGAUAAAUCGCAAAAACAUGGCAUAUGUACUGCAAGAUUUACAAUGUUGCAAGUGCAAGGAAAUUAAAAGAGAGAAUAUGAAUGAACGUUGUUCCUGCUCUGGAGAAUUCAAAACUUUGAUUCCCAAAGAUGAGACAGUGAAAUUUAUAAAAAUAUGUAAAUCUGUAGCUAGGAAAUGUCAUAUGGAAACACUGAUGGAAGUGGUUGAGAAUACAAACCUUUUCACCAAUUCCACAUAGUAAAAAUACAUUUAUAUAUUUAUACCA